AUGGAUGUUGGCAAGCUUUGCAAAGCUUUGGCCUCCGUCUACUCGUCCUUCAUUGAGGUGGAGAAUGGGAGGCAGGACAUGGUUUCUCGCUUCCACUCGAAGGUCGCACCCGGCAUUGGCAUCGAGCAGUACCUCACUCGAUUGGCCAAGUACUUCCAGUGCCAUGAAUCGUGUUUGCUGCUGGCUCUCGUCUACAUCGAUCGAGCAGUAAAGAUGAACCCCGUCGUUGUGGUAAACAACUUCACCAUCCAUCGGCUUCUGGCCGUUUCUACGGUCCUUGCUGCAAAGGUACAGGACGACCUGUUCUUCAGCAACGCCCACUACGCUCGGGUUUGCGGCCUUACACUUCGGGAGCUCAACAGCCUAGAGGUCUACUUCACUUCCUUGCUGCGCUGGAAGCUCCACGUUCCGGUGACCGAAUAUCGGGAGUACUUGAACAUGGUCAAGCGUGUCGCUUGA